CGAUGGGCCGCCUGGACGGGAAGGUGGUGGUGCUGACCGCUGCAGCCCAGGGCAUCGGCCGCGCAGCUGCCCUGGCGUUUGCGAGGGAAGGCGCCAGGGUGAUCGCCACUGACAUCAAUGCAGCCAAGCUGCAGGAGCUGGAUGGGCACCCGGGCAUCCAGACCCGCGUCCUGGACGUCACGAAGAAGAAACAGAUCGACCAGUUUGCCAGCGAGGUGGAGCGAGUGGACGUGCUCUUCAAUGUCGCUGGGUUUGUGCAUCACGGCACCAUCCUGGACUGUGCGGAGCAGGACUGGGACUUCUCCAUGAACCUCAACGUGCGCAGCAUGUACCUGAUGAUCAAGGCCUUCCUGCCCAAGAUGCUGGCCCAGAAAGCCGGCAACAUCAUCAACAUGUCCUCGGUGGCAUCCAGCAUCAAAGGCGUGGUGAACAGGUGCGUGUACAGCACCAGCAAGGCGGCGGUGAUCGGGCUCACCAAGGCGGUGGCGGCCGACUUCAUCCAGCAGGGCAUCCGCUGCAACUGUGUGUGCCCGGGAACGGUGGACACCCCGUCUCUGCAGGAAAGGAUCCAGGCCCGGCCGGACCCCGCUGAGGCGCUGAGUGAUUUCCUAAAGAGGCAGAAGACCGGACGGUUCGCCACUGCGGAGGAAGUGGCACUGCUGUGUGUGUACCUGGCCUCCGACGAGUCUGCCUACGUCACGGGGAGCCCUGUGGUCAUCGACGGGGGCUGGAGCCUGUGAGCCCAGGUCCCUCUGUCCUCCCGCCCACCCUGACUUGCCGGCAGGAGCCACAUUCCGCUCAGCUGUCCAGCACUUUGUAGAC